AAACACGGCGAGGAUAAAGCAAGAUGGCGUCUGACGGUGAAGACGUUAUUGCAGUCGUCACAGUUCAGUGUUCUUAAUCUGUGCCUCCAUGUACACAUAUAUGUCCUUUAUUACACUCUAGUAAAUAGAGUAAACAUCGUUAAUAACUGUUUGCAUCCGGUUAUAUUAGUCUGAGCGCACUUUGAUGCUUCUCGAGCUAGCUUAGCCUGCUAGUUAGCUUAGCUUGUUAGCUGCUAACAAAGAGAGGCGGAAGUGAUCAAAACACAUCACUAAGUAGAGAUCAAGUGUGAGUGUAAAGUGUUGUGAUUGUGUGAAAAUGUGCCAAAGAACCACAGCAGAGUACGAGGAGGAACUUUGUCCAACAAAAGAGGAGAAGGAGCGACAACAUGAAAAACAUCAAGUUGUGUUACACAGAACAGACAUCCAUCAGCCGAUUGAACACCAAGAAGAAUGUCUCCCUCAUCUGCAGGGGGACAGUUUCACUUUAGAAUAUCCACAGCCCUCACAUUUUAAAGGGGACAAGGGGGAUUCACAGCCCUUUUAUUUUAAAGAGGAAGAGGAGGGAGAGUGUCCUGUAGGGCAGGAGGAGGCUGAUGUCAGCAAGUUUCCACUGACUGUUGUCUCUGUGAAGACUGAAGAGCAUGAAGACAAACCACCUGAGUCCUCACAGCUUCAUCACAGUCCAAACGUUGAAGAAGAACCUCUACCCCAUGAGCAGGAGAAGGAACCACAGUCCCCCAACAUACGCGAGAAAAAAGAGGUACCACAUUCCCAGCACAGCAAAGAGGGAGGAGAGGAGCCACAUCCCCCCCACAUUAAAGAGGAAGGCGAGACGCCACAGACCCAUAAUGUUAAACUGACCCUUCACAUUAAAGGGCAAGCGGAGGACCCACUGAUCUUACACAUCAAAAGGAAGAGGAGGACCCACUGACCCCUCACUUUAAGGAGCAAGAGAACCUGCUGACCCCUCACAUUAAAAAGGAAGAGGAGGACCCACUGACACCCUACUUUAAAGAGGAAGAGGAGGACCAAGAGCCGCCGCACAUUAAAGAGGAAGAGGAGGAAGAGGGCAUCAGUCAGCCUAAAUGGUUGGAGGAGUUCCCAGUGACUGGUGUCCCUGUGAAGAGUGAAGAUGAUGAGGUGAAAGGUGAAAGUGAGGAGAGGGGAGGGGGGGAGCCUCCAAGCAGCAGCUCAACACAACACAUGACAACAGAAGCUGAUGGAGACCACUGUGGAGGAUCACAAGCAGACAAGCUCUUAGCUCCACUAUCAGAUAGUGAGGACACAACGUCACACUCUCCUGACACUGAUGAUGAAGACUCUAAAGAUGAUAAGACAUGUCACACUGACAACACUCACUUCACAUCUUCUCACUGUCACAAAACCCUUAAAUACCAUUGUAGUCUGAAAACACACAUGAGAACACACACUGGAGAAAAACCUUUUUCUUGUUCACUCUGCAGUAAAGGUUUUAGACAAAGUAUCAAUUUGAAAGUACACAUGAGAACACACACUGGUGAAAAACCUUUUUCCUGUUCAACCUGUGGUAAAGGUUUUGCACAAAGUCAGGAUGUGAAAAGACACAUGAGAACACACACUGGUGAAAAAGCUUUUUCCUGUUCAAUCUGUGGUAAAGGUUUUACAAGAAGUACAGAUGUGAAAAGACACAUGAGAACACACACUGGGAAAAAAUCGCAUUCCUGUUCAAUCUGCAACAGAAGCUUUUGUGACCGAUCAAACUUUGUAGCACACAUGAGAAGACACCCAGGAGAGAAAGUGUUGAGUUGCAGUGUGUGUGGUGAAAGAUUGUCUUCUAAGUAGCAGUGUAAGAAACACAAGUGUGCUGGUGAGAACAGCAGCAGCAAAUGAAACUGCAGGAUUUGAAAUAAACUGUCCAGACUUUCAUUUUGACUUUCUAACAACAUCAGCACAUAUAACAUGUGUGACAUUGUUGUUUGUCUAACAAUCUGUUUAAUAUGAUCUUUACAUUUAUAGAUUACAUAGUUUGAAAUAUAAAAUUAUUACUUAUUUGUACUUCUAAUUGUUAAUAAUCCCAUAGAUUAUCACCUUUAUAUGAUAUACAUAUGUACUGGUUCACAUCUGAAACAUCUUCUGGACCACUUCAGGAAGCAUAUUAUUAUUUACUUUAUACAUCAUUUAAACAGUUGUCUUUUAUACAAUUUUAAAAUGUGUGAUUUUAUGAAUCAUUUGUUGGGAAUCUGUAAUCCAUUUUAUUAUUAUCUUUAUUACUCUCUUUUGUAUUAUGAUAAUUGUGUUGUGAUUAUUUUAAAUGUAUGUCCCCAGACCUCUAUGCAAUAAAAAGUGAGAGAAAAUGUCUGAA